GAAAACUACAGAAACAUGGUCUUCCUGGGUAUCGCUGUCUCUAAGCUAGACUUGAUAACUUGUCUGAAGCAAGGGAAAGAGCCUUGGAAUAUGAAGAGACAUGAGAUGGUAACUAAACCCCCAGUUAUUAGUUCUCAUUUUACACAAGACUUUUGGCCAGAUCAGAGCAUAAAAGAUUCUUUCCAAGAAAUAAUAUUGAGAACAUAUGCAAGAUGUGGACAUAAGAAUUUACGAUUAAGAAAAGAUUGUGAAAGUGUCAAUGAGGGUAAGAUGUACGAAGAAGGUUAUAAUAAACUUAACCAAUGUUGGACAACUACCCAGGGAAAAAUAUUUCAGUGUAACAAAUAUGUGAAAGUCUUUCAUAAAUAUUCAAAUUCAAAUAGACAUAAGAUUAGACACACUAAAAAGAAAACUUUCAAAUGUAUGAAAUGUAGCAAAUCAUUUUUCAUGCUUUCACACUUAAUUCAACAUAAGAGAAUUCAUACUAGAGAGAAUAUCUACAAAUGUGAAGAACGUGGCAAAGCCUUUAAAUGGCUCUCAACCCUUAUUAAACAUAAGAUAAUUCAUACUGAAGACAAACCCUACAAAUAUAAGAAAUGUGGCAAAGCUUUUAACAUCUCUUCAAUGUUCACUAAACGUAAGAUAAUUCAUACUGGAAAGAAACCCUGCAAAUGUGAAGAAUGUGGCAGAGUUUUUAACAAUUCCUCAACCCUUAUGAAACAUAAGAUAAUUCAUACUGGGAAGAAACCAUAUAAAUGUGAAGAAUGUGGCAAAACUUUUAAGCAAUCCUCACACCUUACUAGACAUAAAGCAAUUCAUACUGGAGAGAAACCCUACAAAUGCGAAGAAUGUGGCAAAGCUUUUAAGCGUUUCUCAGCCCUUAGAAAACAUCAGAUAAUUCAUACUGGAAAGAAACCCUACAAAUAUGAAGAAUGCGGCAAAGCUUUUAGCAAUUUGUCAGCCCUUAGAAAACAUGAGAUAAUUCAUACUGGAGAGAAACCCUACAAAUGUGAAGAAUGUGGUAAAGCUUUUCAGUGGUCCUCAAAACUUACUAUACAUAAAGUAAUUCAUACUGCAGAGAAACCCUGCAAAUGUGAGGAAUGUGGCAAAACUUUUAAGCGUUUCUCAGCCCUUAGAAAACAUAAGAUAAUUCAUACUGGAAAGCAACCCUACAAAUGUGAAGAAUGCAGCAAAGCUUUUAGCAAUUUUUCAGCCCUUAGAAAACAUGAGAUAAUUCAUACUGGAGAGAAACCCUACAAAUGUGAAUAAUGUGGUAAAGCUUUUAAGUGGUCCUCAAAACUUACUGUACAUAAGGUAAUUCAUAUGGAAGAGAAACCCUGCAAAUGUGAAGAAUGUGGCAAAGCUUUUAAGCAUUUCUCAGCCCUUAGAAAACAUAAGAUAAUUCAUACUGGAAAGAAACCCUACAAAUGUGAAGAAUGUGGCAAAGCUUUUAACAAUUCCUCAACCCUUAUAAAACAUAAGAUAAUUCAUACUGGGAAGAAACCAUACAAAUGUGAAGAAUGUGGCAAAGCUUUUAAGCAAUCUUCACAUCUUACUAGACGUAAAGCAAUUCAUACUGGGGAGAAACCCUACAAAUGUGAAGAAUGUGGCAAAGCUUUUAAACAUUUCUCAGCCCUUAGAAAACAUCAGAUAAUUCAUACUGGAAAGAAACCCUACAAAUGUGAAGAAUGUGGCAAAGCUUUUAGCCAGUCCUCAACCCUUAGAAAACAUGAGAUAAUUCAUACUGGAGAGAAACCCUACAAAUGUGAAGAAUGUGGUAAAGCUUUUAAGUGGUCCUCACACCUUACUAGACAUAAAGUAAUUCAUACUAAAGAGAAACCCUGCAAAUGUGAAGAAUGUGGCAAAGCUUUUAACCAUUUCUCAGCCCUUAGGAAACAUAAGAUAAUUCAUACUGGAAAGAAACCCUACAAAUGUGAAGAAUGUGACAAAGCUUUUAGCCAGUCCUCAACCCUUAGAAAACAUGAGAUAAUUCAUACUGGAGAGAAACCCUACAAAUGUGAAGAAUGUGGUAAAGCUUUUCAGUGGUCCUCAAAACUUACUGUACAUAAGGUAAUUCAUACUGCAGAGAAACCCUGCAAAUGUGAAGAAUGUGGCAAAGCUUUUAAGCAUUUCUCAGCCCUUAGAAAACAUAAGAUAAUUCAUACUGGAAAGAAACCCUACAAAUGUGAAGAAUGUGGCAAAGCUUUUAACAAUUCCUCAACCCUUAGAAAACAUGAGAUAAUUCAUACUGGAGAGAAACCCUACAAAUGUGAAGAAUGUGGUAAAGCUUUUCAGUGGUCCUCAAAACUUACUUUGCAUAAGGUAAUUCAUACUGGAGAGAAACCCUGCAAAUGUGAAGAAUGUGGCAAAGCUUUUAAACAUUUCUCAGCCCUUAGAAAACAUAAGAUAAUUCAUACUGGAAAGAAACCCUACAAAUGUGAAGAAUGUGGCAAAGCUUUUAACAAUUCCUCAACCCUUUUGAAACAUAAGAUAAUUCAUACUGGGAAGAAACCAUACAAAUGUGAAGAAUGUGGCAAAGCUUUUAAGCAAUCCUCACACCUUACUAGACAUAAAGCAGUUCAUACUGGGGAGAAGCCCUACAAAUGUGGAGAAUGUGGAAAAGCUUUUAACAAUUCCUCAACCCUUAAGAAACAUAAGCUAAUUCAUACUAGGGAGAAAUCAUACAAAUGUGAAUAAUGUGGCAAAGCUUUUAGCAAUUUCUCAGCCCUUAGGAAACAUAAGAUAAUUCAUACUGGGGAGAAACCAUACAAAUGUGAAGAAUGUGGCAAAGCUUUUAGCAAUUUCUCAGCCCUUAGGAAACAUAAGAUAAUUCAUACUGGGGAGAAACCAUACAAAUGUGAAGAAUGUGGUAAAGCUUUUAAGUGGUCCUCAAAACUUAUGGAACAUAAGGUAAUUCAUACUGUAGAGAAACCCUGCAAAUGUGAAGAAUGUGGCAAAGCUUUUAAGCAUUUCUCAGCCCUUAGAAAACAUGAGAUAAUUCAUACUGGAAAGAAACCCUACAAUUGUGAAGAAUGUGGCAAAGCUUUUAACAAUUCCUCAACCCUUAUGAAACAUAAGAUAAUUCAUACUGGGGAGAAACCGUACAAAUGUGAAGAAUGUGGCAAAGCUUUUAAGCAAUCCUCACACCUUACUAAACAUAAAGCAAUUCAUACUGGAGAGAAACCCUACAAAUGUGAAGAAUGUGGCAAAGCUUUUAGCCAUUUCUCAUGCCUUACUAAACAUAGGAUAAUUCAUACUGGAAAGAAACCCUACAAAUGUGAAGAGUGUGGUAAAGCAUUUAGUCAGUCCUCAAACCUUACUAAACAUAAGAUAAUCCAUUCUGGAGAGAAACCCUACAAAUGUGAAGAAUGUGGCAAAGCCUUUAACCAGUCCUCACACCUUAAUGAAUGUAAGAUAAUUCAUACUGAAGAGAAACCCUUCAAAUGUGAGGAAUGUGGCAAAGCUUUUAAUCAGUCCUCAAAUCUUACUGAACAUAAGAUAAUUCAUAGUAGAGACAAACCUACAAAUGUGAAGAAAGUGGCAAUGCUUUUAGCCAGUCCUCAACUCUUGCUAAACAAAACAAUUUAUACUGAAGAGAAACCCUACAAAUGUGAAGAAUGUUGCAAAGCUUUUAACGUCCUCAAACCUUACUGA